UAAUGCAAGACUGAGGUUUCUUUUUCGGUGAGCCUUUUCUAUCAGUGAGGAUGAUGAUGGUGAACGACGACAGCCUGGUGGAGUGCAAGAUAGACGACAGUGACGAAGAACAGAUGAACACUCCUCCUCCUCCACCUCCACCAGAGUUUGCAUCCAAAGCGUCAACUCCAGGUCCCAAACCUCCAACCCCUCCUGCAGACCCCGCCACACCCACUCCAACCCACAUGGCCAACAGAGAUCCAAACGGCAUCAACCGACACCUGAAGGUGGAGGUCAGUGACGUGCUGGCUGAACCCACGGCUCCUUACAGCAUGGAUGGAGUUUGGAUUCACAGCCUGGUGGGCUUUGAACGGACUCGUAUCUGGACGUACCGCUGCCUCACCUUGCUGUUUGCUGUGCCCCUCGCCUUCCUCUGUGGUUUUCUACUGGCUCUUCUCGCCUGCCUGCGUGUCUGGGUCCUGGUUCCUUGUUUACAGCUGAGUAACACCUUCCUUCCCUGCUUGCGGUCCCUGUUUAUGUGCGCCGUGAACGUCUUCAUCUCCCCGUUCUGUUUGUCUCUCGCGCUCUGCUGCACUCAGAUCUCCAUCUCACUGGCCAACAAAGACUGGAAUCGAAAGAGAGAUGAAGACACUGUAUGA